AUGAAAGAAGAAGAAAUUGCAAAUUUAGGACCUCAGGAAUAUUUCAAUUAUUUAGAGGGAAUAAAUAAAAAGAUUAUUAUAGAAUUAAAAACUGUUGCAAAUAUUGAUACAGCCAAAGAUACUGAUAAUUUACAAAAUAUAUUAAUUGAAUCAUCAUUGGCAUUGGAACAUAAUAUAAGGAAUUUAUUAUAUUUCGUUGAUAAAUGUCCAAUUUCAUAUGAUCAAAUAGUUCAUUAUCAUUCACAUUUUAAAGAAGUUGUAAAGAUUUUCUUUCAAGUUUGUCAAGAUUUAAUUAAAGCUGCUCAAGCAUUAAUUUUAAAUUCAUGUGAUUAUUUAACAACAUCAAAUUUUGCAAAAUGUAGAGGAGAGGCAAUUAAAACUAUAAAGAAUACGAUGGCAACGUGUAGUAAUUUCGAAAAGUUAUAUUAUAAUCCAGAUUUACAAUUAGAGGAUGAGGUUGAUCUUGUUCAUCAACAACAACAAAAAGAACAAGAACAACAACAAAAAGAACAAGAACAAUAUGAACAAGAACAAUUAAUUUUAAAACAAUUAAAAGAACAAGAAUUAAAAAAACAACAAGAACAACAACAACAACAACAACAACAACAACAACAACAACAACAACAACAACAACAACAACAACAAAAACACCAAGAAGAAAAAGAGAAAAAUGAUCAAAAAGAAAAAGAAGAGAAAUUAAAAAAACAAUUAUUAGCAGAACAACAAAAACAAAAACAAGAGGAAUUAGAAAGACAACAACAACAAUUACAACAACAACAACAAUUACUACAACAACAACAACAAUUAUUACAACAACAACAACAACAACAACGUUCAGAUCCAAUUAUUAUACCACCAAUUACAUUAAAAACAUCACAAUCAGAUUUAUUAAGUGGUGGAUUAUCACCAAAAGUGAAUUCACCAGGUUCACCCAAUUUAGGUAAAUUUACAGAAUCAGCAGAACGUGUUGCAAAUUUUGAUAGAGGUACAGCAAAUAUUAUAUUGAAUAUGAAUAAGAUCAAAGAGAUAUCAUUGAGUGGUGAUAGUGAACAAGCACCAGAGAUUGUCACAGCGGCAAGAAUCAUCUCUGAGAAUAUCGCUAUCAUAUCCAAGGAAUUACGAUACAAAACAUUGGGUACGAAUCUUAGUGAACAUUUCGUAUCGGUUGUACAAGUUGCAAGAUUAGCCAUAAAGAAUAAAUCAGAUCAAUUCUAUCAGGAUCAAUUGGAAUUGGCAAUUGAAAAAUUUAAUGAUACAAUGCGUAAAAUCAUUUACUCUGUAAAGAGUAUCUCAAAGAGUUCAAUGAAUCUUAGACAAUUUGGUGUUGAUGAGUCAUCUUUAGGUAGAUCACCAGUUGUAUCACCAGAGAAAUCAAUUUCACCAAGUUUUACAAGUAGUACAAGUGAACGUAUUUUAUCACAUGAAAUUAAAAAUCAUAAUAAUAAUAAUAAUAAUUAUAAUAAUAGUAGUACUAAUAAUUUACAAACUUCAUUUUCAACACCUUCAUUAUCUUCAAAUCAUUCACAACAACCAAAUCAACAACCAUUACAAUCACCUUUAUUAAUUAAUCAAUUACAAUCUACAUCAUCAUCAUCAUCAUCAUCAUCAUCAAAUCUUUCAAAUUCUUUAAAUUCUAUACAACUACCUCAAGCAACAACUACAACAACAACAGCAACAUCUCCAUCAACCUCUACAUCAACAUCAACCUCAACAUCACCAAAUUCAUCAUCAUUAUCAAUUUCAGAUCAAGAUAAACAAUUAAAAAGAAAAGAAAAACAACAUCAAAUCGUAAUUCCAAAAGAUGUUAAAGAUUCAGUUGCAAAUCAACAACAACAGCAACAACAACAACAAAAUGGUACUACAUCACCAAGAAAUAAUGAAUCAUCAGUAACAGCAGCAACAACAACAACAACAUCAACAACAGCAUCAAUUACAACAAAUGUUAAUACAAUACCAAAUUUCCCACCAAAUAAACAAUUACCAGCAACACCAACAACAGGUACACCAUCAACAUCAACACCAACACCACAAACACCAACAUCAACUUCACAAAAUGAUAAACAGAAUGAAAAUAAUAAUAAAGAGAAUUUUGUUGACAAACAAAAAACAUUGGGUAAAUUAUUUUCAAAGUUUGUUCAUAAAAAGAGAACACCAUUACCAGGAUUUGAUUCAUCCAAUUCAUCAUCACCAUCAAAUAAUUCAAAUACAACCAAUUCAUCAUCUCAUUCUAGUACAAACAGUUCACCAAUGGAAACUUCACCAGGUGUUGAAUCUCCAAAAAUUACAAAAAGUCCUUCUCAAAAUAAUAUUUUAGUUGAUAGUUUAGAUAUUGGUUCUGAUAAUCAACAACAACAACAAGAUAAAUUAACAACCACAACUUCAACAACGACAAUAACAAUAAAUAAUAAUAAUAAUAAUAAUAAUAAUAAUAAUAAUAAUAAUAAUAAUAAUAAUAAUAAUAUACAACAACAACAACAACAACAGCAACAAAUACCAACAACACCAAAUAAAUUAUCAAAUUCAAUUGCAAUGAAUUCAUCAAAUAGAUUAAUGACACCAAAGAAAGAAAGAUCAUUUACAAUUGGAUUGGUUAGUGGUAAACAUUCAUGUGUUGUAGUUGAAACACCAAAAUCAAAGAAAUUAUUUCAACAUGAAUCAGCUAAACAAAUACUUUCAAUUAUUUCAAUGAAUUUCCCAAGUUUUGAAAAAGAAUUUCAAAUGCAAAAUAGUGAAGUAAUCUCUAAUAUAAUUGAACAAAUUGGAAAUGUUAUAAAGAAUUAUCAUGAUGAAGUUAGUGAAUCAUCAUCAUCGUCAUCAUCAUCAACUACAUCACCAAAUAAUAUUAAUACACCAUCUGAUUGUUCACCAAUUUUAAAUUCUGAAAAUUCUAAAGAUAGUCAUAAUUUAUCAUCAAUUAAUAAUAGUUCAUAUGAUCCAGUUUCACCAGCACUUAGAAAAAUGUAUGAAAAUGGAUCAUAUGAUAGUAAAGAACAUUCUAGAUCAUCUAUUCAAUCAAAGAUUACACGAAAAUUAGGUACAAUUAGAAAGAAAGGACCAAGUCCAUUUAAUAUGUUAUUAAAUUCAAGUACAGGUUCAUUAAGUAGUUUAUAUUUAGAUCAAUUGAAUGGUGGUAAUGGUGAUUCAUCAUCGUCAUCAUCUUCAUCAUAUAAUUUAGUUGGUGGUAGUGGUAUUAGUGGUUAUGAUAAUCAAAAUGAAAUUGAUGCAAGUGAACAUUUGGUUAGUACAUCAAGUUUGUUCACAGAGGAAGCUAUUGAAUUGGUUAGUAAAUGUUUUGAAGCGUCAAUCAUUGUUAAUCAUUCAGGUGGUACAAGUAGUGAAAUUAAAGCAUUGUUUUCAUCGACAUUGGAUCAUUUGGAAUCAAUGUUACAAUCAUCGGUAAACUUUGGUAAGAUUGACCCAUCCUCUUUCUGUAUGACUUUCUUAAAGAAUAUUAGACAACACAUUCCAACCAUGAAAUCAAAAGGUGGUAAAUGUGAUCCAACAUUGGUAACAGCGGCAACUAAAUUAUUUAGACAUACAAUUCUAUCGAAUCUUGAUAAAUCAAUUCACUCCCUGUGUCAUAGUGUUAGGGUGUUGGCAAUUCAAAUGACAAUCAUUGUAAUAAGCAUCAGUGCUAAACCAUGGGAUAUAAGCUCACAAUUGCAACUGUUUGCAUCGGCAAAGAGUUUCAUCGAUUCAUUGGUAUCAUUAUUGGAUGCAGUGGAGAAUAAAAUUUACAUUUCAACCAAUACCAACAUUCAAGAUGAUGUCGAAGUACCAACUAUCGAUGAUACAGAGGAUACAAAUAUUUGGGAGGAGGCUGAUAGUCCAUUAACAUUUGGUUGGAUCUCUGAUGAAGGUAGUAAAACAGGUCGUUACGUUCCAAAAGCUGGUACAUUAAAUAAAUUAAUUUCAGCAUUAACUCAAGAUAAUAAACAUGAUAUAUCACGUUAUACUAAAACGUUUUUACUCACCUAUCAAUCAUUUACAAAUCCUUGGAAAUUAAUGGAGAAAUUGAUUCAACGUUAUAAUGUACCUUUGGAUGAGAAACCAGAUGUUAGAGCAACAACUCAAUUACGUGUGGUUUCAUUUAUGCAAACUUGGAUAGAAAGAAAUUUCAAUGAUUUCGAUGAUCAACUAAUUGGUCAACUAAAAGAGUUUAGAACUCGUUUACUAAUGGAUAAUAAUAAUGAUUUAGCGGUUAUUUUAGGUGGUUUAAUUAAAAAGAAAGAGGCCGAACGUUCACUUUCAAAGGAAAGAUCAACCAAUCAUUUAACUUUCCCAGAAUUAAUGAUACCAGAUGGUCAAAAAUCACCAACUGCCCUCUUUUUACUAUUAAAUGAAUCAGAGAUCGCUAGACAAUUAACUCUUAUAGAUUUCAAUAUCUUUUCAAAGAUUCAACCAACUGAACUAUUGGAUCAAUCAUGGAAUAAGGAUUCAUUGAAAUUUAAAUCACCAAAUGUUAUAGAAAUGAUCAAUAGGGCAAAUAAAUUCUCAUUUUGGGUUUCUUCACAAAUUCUUUGGCAAGAAGAUAUUGAAGAGCGUGUUAAAGUAUUUGAAAAGUUCAUUUUAAUCUCAAAAUAUCUAAGAGAAAUGAAUAAUUUCAAUACUUUGUUAGCCAUUUUCACAGGUUUAAAUACUGCACCUAUCCUAAGAUUAAAGAAAACCUUUGCUUUGUUAUCUCCAAAUUCUUUAUCGAUUUAUAAUAGUUUGGAGAAAUUAAUGAAUUCAAGUGGUUCUUAUAAAAACUACAGAAGUGUUUCAAAAAAUCCACCAUUACUUCCUUAUUUACCUGUUAUCCUUUCCGAUCUAACUUUUAUGGAAGAUGGUAAUCCCGAUAAAAUAAAUAAUCUAAUCAAUUUCCAAAAGAGAGAACUCAUUUGUAGAGUAAUUUCAGAGGUUCAACAAUGUCAACAACAAACAAAAUAUGAAUUCCCUGUGGUUGAACCAAUUCAUACUCUUCUCACUGAAUUACCUUCUUCAACUCCUUCUGAAUUAUAUCAACUCUCUUUAAUUCGUGAACCAAGAGAAACUAAUCAAUCAAAUGCAAAUAGUUCAAUUUCUUCUGGUUCAAACUUUUUAUCAAAUUCUUCAAAUCAUAAUAUUGGUAAUAAUAAUGGUUUUGAUACUUUAAAAAAAUAUUAUAAGAGUAGUAAUAAUAAUUAA